AUGCCGGACGACAAGAAAGCCGAUUCUGCGGAGUCAAAGUCCAAGACUUUGCUUCCGCACAAUAAGCUGGCCGAUGCUGCUGCGGCAUCGAUCCAUCACACAUCGAAGUCUGUCGUAGCAACCCGUGGCUUAGAAGAGGCUAUUGAAGUUUGCAGGAAGAAGGUGGAGAAAAUUGCGAAAGAAUGUCGUAUGGCGAACAGGAAAUAUCGGGAUCUUCACUUUGACUUGAAGAGGGAUGGUAGAUACUGUCUGGACGGUCUGCUUCCUGAGCACAGGUCAGAAUUGAACCCUGAGGGUACUUUGAGAGUUGAGGAUGUCUUCGAGGAUCCAAAAUUUUUCAAGGAUGGUGUUAGUGCAGGAGAUAUUAGACAAGGAGCUACUGGAGACUGUUGGCUAUUAGCUGCAGUUGCAACCAUCAGUAACGUGCCGGGCCUUAUCGAGAAGAUUUGUGUUGCCCGAGAUGAAGCUGUUGGAAUAUACGGAUUUAUCUUCAUGCGCGAUGGCGAGUGGAUUUCCACAAUUGUUGACGACCAGCUCUACACAAACAGACCAGAAUAUCAGGAUGCCGAUAGCUAUACCCAGGCUGUGUGGUCCGGGAAAGAAGAUGUGUACGAGAAGACCUUCAUGAAAGGCUCCAAUGCGUUGGUGUACGCCAGUUGCCAGGACCCUAAUGAAACUUGGCUACCACUGCUGGAGAAGGCCUAUGCAAAGGCCCAUGGUGACUAUGGCGCAGUAGAAGGUGGAUGGUCUGGCGAGGCCAUUGAAGAUCUGACCGGAGGCGUGACAAUUGAAUUCGACACAUGUGAUCUUCUAGAUCGUGAUCGCUUUUGGAAGGAGGACUUGACGCUUGCAAACAAGGAUUACCUGUUUUCUGGGUACCUCAUGGGCACAGUUGAUCGUUCCGGUAUCCUCGCAGGACAUGCUUACUCAGUUCUCAAAGCGGUCGAAGUUAAAGGCCAGCGAUUGGUAUUAGUUAGAAAUCCCUGGGGCUGUACUGAAUGGACCGGACCAUGGAGCGACGGAUCAAAGGAAUGGACUGCUGAAUGGCUGACGUUGUUGGACCAUCGUUUUGGAAACGAUGGUUCAUUUUGGAUGUCUUACAAGGAUUUUCUCUAUAAAUUUGAUCACAUCGACCAAACACGCCUUUUCGACCCGUCCUGGACAGUGACUUCCAGUUGGAUAAAAAUUCCAGUGCCAUGGGCCCAGGUGUACAGUCCCACUAGGUUCGAAGUUAAAAUCAAGAAGAAGGGCCCUGUAGUUUUUGUUCUUUCGCAGCUUGAUGAACGCUAUUUCAGAGGCUUGGAAGGCCAGUACGACUUCAAAAUCCACUUCCGAGUCCACAAAAAGGGAGAGAAAGAGUACAUCACUCGUUCUCGACCCAAUAUCCAUAAGACCAGAAGUGUCAGCGCAGAGCUGGAGCUCGAGCCAGGGAAGUACACAGUCCUAUUUAUGGUUACUGCCACAAAGACACACCGCAAAACGACUCAAGAGGUGAUCAAGGAGACCUGCAAGACCAACAGAAUGAAGUUCUUGCAGAUCGGAAUGUCAUACGAUUUGGCUCAUGCGAAAGCUGCAGUUGAUCCAAAAGAUAAGAAGGGCGUUGAGGAGGCGGAGGCAUCACAAAAAACGAAGAAAACACCCGAAGUAGCGCAGGAUGAUGGUGAGGGUGUAGGUGAUGGGCCAGGUGAGGGUGCGGGUAUAGGUCACUCCCGAAAUAAGUCACGCGGUGUACGUGGGGGUAGGGGUGGAGUUCGUGGCGAGGCCAAGGGCAAAGAUGAAGACACUAAAGCCACCAAGGGUGACGAGGCGGAGUUGGAAAGUGAUGAUGAGGCCAAAAAGAAGGUGAAGAAAGUAAAGGAGGAGAAAGACGAAGGCGAUGAGAAGGAAGAGAAGAAAGACAAAAAAGUCAAAGACAAGAAGGAGAAGAAGGAAGACGACGAGGAAAAGGAAGAAAAGAAGGAUAAGAAGGAUAAGAAGGAUAAGAAAGACAAGAAGGGCAAAAAGGACAAAAAGGAUAAAAAGGACAAGUCUGAAAAGUCUGAAAAGUCUGAAAAAUCUGAAAAAUCUGAAAAGUCUGAAAAAUCUGAAAAAUCGGACAAGAAAGACAAGAAAGACAAAAAGGUUAAGAAGGAGAAGAAGGACGACGAUAAGUCUGGGUCUGGCUCCGAAUCUGGUUCCGAAUCUGGCUCCGAGUCAUCGUCCUCAAGCUCUUCUGAUUCGUCCUCAUCGUCCUCAUCGUCUUCAUCGUCCGGCUCUUCGUCAUCUUCGUCCUCGUCAGGGUCAUCCUCUUCCUCGUCUUCAUCUGGUUCGUCAGGGUCCUCGUCUGGUUCUUCCUCUGGUUCUUCCUCUGAAUCUGAGACCGAGGUAGCCCAAGCCGAAGCACCAGUACCAACCGACGCCGAACCCCCCACGGAUGAGGACACUUGGGAUCCUAUUGCUUGUAUUGGUCUUCGCAUUUACUCGCAAGACAAAGACACAACUGUAAAGGUUGUUCAUGUUGAGAGUGCCGAUGCUCUCGACCUCGAUGACACUUCUCGAGAUGCAGCAGAGGAGUCAUCAGAUGAAUCGGACAAGAAAGACAAGAAAAAGGACAAGAAGGGCAAGAAGAAGAAGGAUAAGAAGGGCAAGGGUAAAGAGAAGGAAGAGGAUGAUGACAAGGAAGAGAAGAGUGAGGCAGAGGCUGAUGAUGAGGCGGAGAAGGUCAAGGAUAAGAAGAAGAAGAAGAAGAAGGAUAAGGGCAAGAAAGAAAAGGAUGAAGGAGAAGAGAAGGGGGAGAAGGAAGAGAAGGAAGAGAAGGAAGAGAAGGAAGAGAAGAAGGACAAAAAGGACAAAAAGGGCAAGAAGGACAAGAAGGACAAGAAGGACAAGAAGGACAAGAAGGACAAGAAGGACAAGAAGGACAAGAAGGACAAGAAGGAUAAGAAGGAAGAGAAGGAAGAAAAAGAGGAGGGCGAGAAGGCCAAGGUGGAGAAGGGCGAAGAUAAGGUUGCAGGCGUUAAAGAGGUGGAAGAACCUAAAGUUAAGCAGUUGAAGGAAGAGAUUGAAGUACAGCCUGCAGCAGACGCGGCCGUAGAAGACGUGAAGAGGGAUGUAGUUGAAGAAAACGUAGCGAAGGACGUGGUUGUAGAGGACAAAAAGGAGGUUGUCGAAGGAGUGGAGGAACAGGCAAAAGAGGAAAAGAAAACUUUUGCUGAGGCAGCUACAUAG